UAGUACAUGUAUAAAACCAAGGUAGCAAGGGUAAAAAACUUCUCUAACUUUGGAAUAGUUAUUGAAUUAAACUGUUUUAUAUCCAUAUCCAAAAGUGAAACAGAACUGCAAAAUGGAUAGUCCAUGGUAUCUACUUUUGGUGUUUACUGUUGCUCUGGUACAGCCAACAUCAGGUGGACACUGUCAAAACGGAUGGGCUCAGUUUAAGAGCAAUUGCUAUUAUUUUUCAUCCAUAGACGCGACUUUUAAGGACGCUAUGAUAUCGUGUAUCUCUAUUGGUGCUAAUCUGCUAGAAUUCCACAACAAAAGAGAAGAGGCAUGGGUGUAUUUACAAAUAAAACAUAGAGGUUAUGCUAAAGGAGUAUGGUUAGGGUACAGUGACAUUCAGAAGGAAGGACAUUAUGUGACUAUGUCAAAUGCAGAGGACCUUGGUUAUCAAAACUGGCAUAAAGGAGAACCAAACGAUUGGCAGAAAAAUGAGCACUGCGCCGCUAUCCAUUUCCAAUACGCUGGCUGGGUUGACUAUCACUGUACAGCGAAGUAUAAUUAUAUCUGCAAGAAAUAA